CCGUGGAAGCGAACUGCUCGGCCGCGUGGUCCUUCCCGCGCCAAUCCGGAGUAUAGUUGGAAACUAGGACGCGGGGCUCCCGCGUGGUCGAGCUCACCGUCGCUCCGCUCCCCGGGUGCAGAAUGGCGCUCAACGACAAGCACACAUACGCGGAGUUGGAGAAGGAGCUGUACUGGCCAGCUGAGAAGCUGCGGAUCUCCAUUACAGGAGCUGGCGGUUUCAUCGCCUCACACCUCGCGAAGCGCCUGAAGAGCGAGGGGCACUACAUCAUUGCCUCUGACUGGAAGAAGAAUGAGCACAUGGACGAGGAUAUGUUCUGCCACGAGUUUCACCUUGCUGAUCUCAGGGUCAUGGACAACUGCCUCAAGGUGACCACUGGGGUUGACCAUGUUUUCAACCUAGCAGCUGAUAUGGGAGGGAUGGGCUUCAUCCAGUCCAACCACUCUGUGAUCAUGUACAACAACACUAUGAUCAGCUUUAACAUGCUUGAGGCUGGCAGAAUCAAUGGUGUCAAAAGGUUCUUUUAUGCCUCAAGUGCUUGUAUCUACCCUGAAUUUAAGCAGCUGGAAACUGUUGUUAGCUUGAAGGAGGCAGAUGCUUGGCCUGCAGAGCCUCAAGAUGCUUAUGGUUUGGAGAAACUUGCGACGGAGGAACUGUGCAAGCACUACACAAAGGACUUCGACAUAGAGUGCCGAGUUGGUCGCUUUCACAAUAUUUAUGGUCCAUAUGGAACAUGGAAGGGUGGAAGGGAGAAGGCACCUGCUGCUUUCUGCAGAAAGGCUCUAACCUCCAUUGACCGCUUUGAGAUGUGGGGAGAUGGUCUGCAGACUAGAUCCUUCACAUUCAUUGAUGAAUGUGUGGAGGGUGUCCUCAGGCUAACGAAGUCUGAUUUCUGUGAGCCUGUGAACAUCGGGAGUGACGAAAUGGUGAGCAUGAACGAGAUGGCCGAGAUUGUCCUUGGCUUCGAGGACAAGCAGCUGCCCAUCCACCACAUCCCUGGCCCCGAGGGUGUCCGCGGCCGUAACUCUGACAACACACUCAUCAAGGAGAAGCUUGGCUGGGCUCCAACCAUGAGGCUGAAGGACGGGUUGAGGAUAACAUACUUCUGGAUCAAGGAGCAGAUUGAAAAAGAAAAGUCCGAAGGCAAAGACAUGGCGGCCUACGGAACGUCCAAGGUCGUCGGCACCCAGGCGCCGGUCCAGCUUGGAUCCCUCCGUGCUGCAGAUGGCAAGGAGUAAAACACUCACCCUGGGAAUGACGAUGAUGCCAUUAUAUGCCGCUGGUUCCAGACGUGGCAUCAUCCGCUGUUUCUUAGUUACUGCAUCAUCUCCAUAUCUUUAUUCAGUUUGGACUUGACCUGCAACAUAAGAUCUAUACCUUCAGUUAGCCUGCAUUCUGUGUUUUUGUAAACGAGAAAAGCUGCUUGGUACAAAAGGAUGUCAAUGUUAUAGACAACAAUAUUAAACUAUACAUGUAAAAUGAUGGCGGUUCAUCUUCAUGAGGAAAUAUAUGUCGGUUAUUUUUCUUAAAACGUUAAUCCAUGUGCUGGUGAGUACA